ACACACGCACACACACACACACACACACACUAGCUCGAAGCGGUGUAUGAUUUAGUUUCACUUCCAUCCCGUCAGUACUGCUGAGCGGACAUUGACCACAUGACAUUGUAAACACGGUUUUAAACCACAGCGGCUGGAUGAGUGGGCCAACCUUCUCCUCCCCCUCUGCAGAGGUGGCUGAGAUGAACCGCAUCCAUUAUGAACUGGAGUACACAGAGGGCAUCAGCCAGCGCAUGCGAAUCCCUGACACCCUCAUGGUGUCAUCAGCGAAGCAAAAAGGCUCUCUGUUACUUCAGCAACCCAUGCCUACACACACGACUAUGAUGCAAGUACCUGAGAGGAUCGUAGUAGCAGGUGAUGAUGGGGAUACUCUAUUUUCACGAACCCGAGACCUGGACCUGAUUCAGUCUGUCCCGCCUGUGGAUCUCUUGAACAUGAAGGCCCCACCGCGUGUCCUCACCCUCUCAGAACAGCCACUGGACUCUCUUGAAACUGAACAAACUCCCACCUCACAGAGCAAUCCCGGCCCGGCCGCCAACUUCCAUGCUCGGUCUCGAAGGGAGCGCAGUGCCAGUGAGAACAUGUCUGCUCGCCACAGCAGAUUGGACGUAAGUGUAACUCCUUCCCCUUCUGCCCCUCCGGUCCGCUUGUGCCCCCCUCUCUGCUCCCCAGAGGAUGCAAACAUUGACCUGUUCACAGCCACAGGGUUCCUGUCCUACGUCCAGUCAACCACACGCCGGGCAUACCAGCAAGUCCUGGAAGUGCUAGAUGACAGCCACCGCAGGACACACCUGGACCUGGCCCUGGACAUGAACCAUGAUGAAUCUGGUUUAGUGGACGCAUCCUCUCUGCGGCGACAGAUAGUCAAGCUGAACCGGCGUCUGCAGCUGCUGGAAGAAGAAAACAAAGAACGCUCCAAACGAGAGGUGAUCCUGUAUUCUGCCACUGUGGCAUUCUGGCUUAUUAACACCUGGAUCUGGUUCAGACGCUAACAUGGGACAAGACGAAGUCUGCCAAAACACUGGAAGCCAAAGCAAGUCCUUGUUCAAAGAAAUACAGAAUUUGUCUUUCCUACAUCUAAAAAUGAAAAAGCAACGACUGGAAACUAAAGGACAAUUGCUUAUAUCCUCGACUUUCAAGCAAAUUUAAUUUAGGAUAAAAAGCUUGGUGCUGUCCAAAUAAACCAGAAGCAGUGAAACAACCAUUGUUUACAAAACCAGUUAUAUAAUGGUGUUUGGUGUUUCCACCCAUUGUUGCUUUAUGUCACAUUAGCUAGCACUCACAUCUUACAGAACCACCAGGGCAAGAGGUAAUGUUAAAGUUAGCAAGUCUUACAUUUAACGAUUUAUCUGUUUACCUGGCAAGACAAAGCAUAAUGAGAGCACUGCUGCAGAUGUUCACUUGAGUUAAGGACAAACUAAACAGAUGGUUUAGAAUAUGGGGGCCAUGUUAAAGUUGUAAAGGAUCUUGAAAACCUGGCAUUAAUCAGUGGACACCACAAAACUUUACUAAAGAAUAAUGUUAUGCCAAAACAACAUUCAAAACUAAAUAUAAAUGAUUGCAAGGGUAAACAAGGAUUUACUUCAGGCCAAAGUGUUUUGGGAACCGAGUUCAGCGCUGGAGCUGUAGUUACAGGACCAAACCUCGGAGCGGAAUUUAUCUUGUCGGUUUGAAAUUCAGGUUUGUAAGUUUUGUCAAAAAGUACCAUUCAUCAAGUGUCAAAGUAACAUGAAUUACUCUAGAGAUGCCAUAACACUUACCCUUGAUGUCCUUUAAGUUCUGCAAUACUCCAAAACAUUUAUGUACAGCACUUAAAUAACAAAGUGUUAAAAUGUUUGUAGUCUGUCCUUUUUAAAUGGGUUAUCAUUAUUAUUAUUUUUUUUUUUACGUCUCUCUGGCAGCCAUGUUUAAGACUUCCAUUAUAAGCUAGAUGAAGCGGUGACAAACAAAGGAUAGGGUGCUCGGAGUAUUUUGGUGUAAAGUGAUAUUGUUCUCCUAUGAUGUUUGUAGUCGGAGCUUGUUUUGUUUUUUCUCCUAGAAAAGUGACCACUUGUGUUUUUUUUCACAAGUUACCCACAAGUCUACAGGAAUGGACGAUGUGGUUCUAAUCAUCUUAUAAUGUGAUAUAACUCUAAGAGCUACUGUGUUUAUGAUUACAUGUAAAACAUGACUACGUAUAUGAAAUGUUGAUGUCAUUAUUUUUCAGUGAUGAAAUCAGUGUGUAUUAUAUAAGGGUUAAUUUAUUACUAUAACAACAACGUGUUGCUGUGACCAUUUUCUCCCUGUUAAGCGCUGUACCUAUCUCUUUGGGGUUUUACGGUAUGAAUUUUACUUUGUUUGUAAAAUGUGAAUACACUCAUAGUUUGAUUAUAUUUUGCUGUAAUAAAUAAUGGAUGUUAAACUC